CUGCAGCAUUCAUCACAAAAGUCGAAAGAGAUGCGGAUGACUGACAUGAAAUCUGCACCUGUAAAGGAUUCACCUACACAAUACUCUGAUUAUUGUAAAUCUUCAGAUCCUCAUGAAAGUGACAGUGACAAAGAUGUUAAUGUUGAGGACAGUCCUAGACAAGAGGUGUGCAAAACCAACCAGGAAACUGAAAGUGAACCAAAGGUUUUCAUAACUGGGACACAUAGAGGAAUGGACCCCAGUCAAAUCCAUGUCAUCAGUACAUUAACUGAUGGAGCGGGUUGCUGCCAGCCGCACGACUCCGAGAAGGAACACUUGUGCAAAUUAUGCAGUGGUUCCGUGCAGAGCUGUGUUAAUGCAACGGAAUUACACAGACAUCUGCAGGAUCUGAGCAUCCCCAACAGUCUUCUCCACUCUGCUCAGGUAAACACCUGGAACAGCUGCGCCACCACGGACAGAGCAGCGCUGUGUGGACUGAGCCUGGCAGCAGCUGUCAGGACACCAGGAGCUCCAGGAUUUCCCAUCAGUCUUCAACAGCAUGCGCUGGUACAGGACCUGGUGAGCCUUUCACACUUUGGAGGCUUUCUCUUUUAUCCCUACUCCAGCUUCUCUGCACCAUCAGCCCAGUACUUCAUCCCGCCAGUGCGGUCCAGAGUGGAUUUCAGACCCUAUGUAAGCGUCCACGGCCGGGACUAUGUAACCUCUCCGAUGAUAUCUUCAUCUGUUUCUCCUGUGGGUGGUGGUGGACUGCAGAAUCUCGCCUCUGAUUUGCUAAUGCUACCCAAAACAGACCAGAAAUUGGACGACGCUGAAACUGACUGCAGUCAAGACGAGUCAACAAGGGAAUGAAAAUACUGACUUGAGAGCACUUAUUGCUGCUUAAAAGUAUCCCUGCAUGUCUUGUGGGAAUGACUCCUAACCUAUUACACAAUGAAACUUGCGUGUUGGUAAAGUCUUAUACAUCUGCAUCUUACAUGACUUAAGACUGAAUCCCUGUGGUGCAAAGCACAUUUUACUUCAGCAAAUGUAUCAGUUUAUAAUUAACAUAUAAAGAAGUGAUUUUAUUGGUUUGGUACUGCUCAGUGGAUUAUAAGGAUUCUGAAUUAAUGGCUGUUACCUUUCAACAAAAAUUCAAAUUAAACAAAUAAAGCAAUACAUAAAGCCAAAAGUAAGUUAUUUGCCAACUAUAGUAUCAUUUACACACACACACAUUUGAAAUGAAUAG